AGAGGUUAGCGAUUGAGUGUGGUCACCUGUUUGCAAUUUCCCGUGAAAGUGUGCUCGGGUGUGUUUUGUGCACUCGCGAUUCUUCGACUACGUUCCGUGUACUCGAAAGUCACGCGUCGCUGCACGAGGCGCCUGAUGGAAGCCGUGGUUGCCGUCCACGUGGGCGCCGGUUUCCAUUCGCCGGAGAAAUUGCCCGGCUACCGGCGGUUGUGUGCCGCAGCCUGCCGUCGCGCCGUGGGUGUGCUGGAGCGCUCGGACGGGAGCGCUCUCGAGGCGGUAGCGGCCGCCGUGGCCGUGCUGGAAGACGACCCGCUCACCAACGCGGGGUUUGGCUCCAACCUAACGGCUUGCGGUCGUGUCGAGUGCGACGCCUCGGUUAUGGACGGUCGUACCCUGGGAUUCGGCGCAGUGGGCGCGCUGCCGCGCGUCGGCAACCCGGUGCUCGUGGCCGAGGCACUGUGCCGCGCGCAGCACGCCGGCCCGCUGUCGCUGGGACGCACGCCGCCUUGCUUUCUGGUCGGAGAGGGAGCGCUCCGCUGGGCGCGCGAACACGUGCUGCCCAACGUGGAGCGCACGCCCGAUGCACUGGUGUCUGCCCACACGCGCAGGCGCUACGUCAAGCUGAAGCGCAGGCUGGACCACUGCUCGGCAGAGGAGGCCUUGGCGCGCAAGAGCCCCCUGGGCCCCGUGACGCCAAAGCGCGAGGCCGACGACGAGCCGUGGGCGGCAGACACAAAGAGCUCGAUCGUCCAAUGUUCCAGUUCGGACAGCAGCGAUCCGCCGCAGUUGGACACGGUGGGCGCCGUCUGCAUGGAUCGGCGAGGUAACGUGGCGGCAGCCGUGUCCAGUGGCGGCAUCUGGCUCAAGCACACCGGCCGCGUCGGCCAGGCGGCCGUCUACGGAUGCGGCUGCUGGGCCGAGAACGCGGUGGACGGCGGUAGUGGCUGCGCAGUGGCCGUCUCUAGUUCGGGUUGCGGCGAGCACCUCAUUCGCACCGCUCUGGUGCGCCAGUGCGCGCAGACGCUCGGCCGUUCCAAUGACGACGGAUGCGUCGUGGCGCUUGACGCUUGUUUCCGGCAGGGCUUUCUGCAGUCGCCAUUCCUCAGGGACACGAGUGAACGAUUGGCUGGAAUCCUCGCCCUUCGCUGGGACCCUCGGUGUGGUAGCGGUGACUUGUUGUGGGCCCACACAACGCGUUCUAUGUGUUACGGGUACAUGCAGACGGGUGGAAGCAGGCCCAUAUUUGACUGUUCUCAAAUGCCAGACACGAUGGUUGUUGGGUCUAAGGUAAUGCUCGGUGGAACACCACUUGGGUCUCGGCGCCUUGAUCAAAAUGAUUAUUGACGUCUUCAAUGGCAGACCUAGUACAAAGUGUGGUGAACGGGGGGUGCACACGUGGUCGAGUACCUGCAGGCAGAAUUAGCUGCCGUCAUGUAGACAUACCCAUUUCUGUUUUGUACUGCGUGCGUGCCAAGAAACUUUACAAAUAGAUGGAUACGAACUUCAGUGUGUCAUUGUGUACUACUUAACAGGCUCAAAUGUGAGCUUUUUGUUUGUUACAUUUUCUUGUACAUUUCGCCAUAUAGAAGCUCCAUAGAGAAGUUUCCAUUCCUGUUUGUUCUACAUGUUAAACUUAUUUUGUCAAAUAUGCCUCGUGUUCAGUGGUGUUCAUAAGGAACAAACUAAGUUCCUGUUUUCUAAUCAGUUGCAGAGUCCUGAAUGAAACAGGACUUGUUAUGUGAUAUGAAAGAUCAUGUCGUUUUUUUUUUGUAUUCAUUAAUGUCUGUGUGUUUUUCUGUAGAAAUUGAAAUCGUGCAGUGAUUCAUGCAAAUAGCAGUGCAUUUCUACAAGCUUAAUUGAAGAAUUAUAUUAUUGCGUCCCUCUCAAUAAAGUACAUUUAACUUUUUAUCAGAGCAAAACAGAGGAUCAUUAUGUGGCAGUUGAACUGUGAGAUUGUAAUCGGCAUAUUUUCUAUUGUGACUUCACAAACACGUUGGGCGAAUUGUUAGCAUAGCUUAGUUGACAUAGUUAGGCUUGACGGGUAUGCCAGAUAUGUAUAGCAAGGCUAUACAUAUGUGUGCUUUUAUGACUAGUUGCAUGAACAGUCGUAAUGUGAAAGGCAGAAUAGCGCGGACUAAAACAUGAGGCCACAAGAAGUAGACAGUGUUUCCGAGGGAGAAUGGGGUGCAUAAACCUUUGAGUCUGACGCUUAGUACCAUUGAUAAAAAUCUAAAAACAAGAUGUGCACUAGCAGCUCAGAAAACAUCAUAUAUUUAAAUUUCAUUCAGGUACUCAGAGUAUUUUUUUAGCUUGUGCACACAUUUCCUUAUGCCCCCUACUAUUUUCCUGGUUGUCUGAAGCUUUCAAUAAAGCCUUUAAUAUACUUGUGACAAAUUAUGUACUUUGUUUUAUCCUCUCUAAUUGCGAUCAUAGAUAGGACAGCCACAAAAGCCAGCCUUGCCUUUGUAUGCGGAGCAGAUUAUCAUUCUUCCUAAUGAGAUUGCUGCGCUGCAUUGAUCAUCCUCCUACGGCAGGUCGUAAAAAACAGAUUCUUUUCAACCACAUAGCAGCUAUCACAUGUAAGGAAUACAUUUUUGGUCCACUGUACACUAGGCUGCUAUUUGAACUUUCUCUUUGGCAUUUUUUGCUAUCCGUAAGGCCGUUACACAUGGCACAAAACACAUCAAUUUUCAGGCUGCAAAUU